AAUUAGUUGGCUGUUGGCACGCUUUUGGUUACUCAUCUAAUUCACACUAUAUCAAAUCACAUUACAGAGAGGCGUUUGAAGAGUUCUGAUUUUUAUUUUUUUUUAUUUUUGUGUAAACAGAGAAAGGAGUCAAGGACUGAUUCUAAUACUGAUAUAACGGAAGUAGUGGGUAAGUUGUAGUUGUAGCAAAAACCAAUGUUACUUGCUUAAACUCAGCAACCCAUUAACAAAAAAAAACUGAGAGAUGGAGGAAGAAAUCAAGAGCUUGAUCAAUGUAGGGUUUUUAACAAUUAUCUCAGUAUCUUACUGCUACUGCUUACCACCAAGAAUCAAAUCUGGUGUUCUUCGAUUACUCUCUAUUUUUCCGGUCUGUGUUUUGUUAGUUGUUCUUCCUCUGUUCUUCUCCUUUUCAAUUUUCACUUCCACCACAGCGUUUUUCUUAUCAGCUAUUGCCAAUUCAAGACUCAUCCUCUUUUCCUUUGAUCAAGGUCCUCUUUUUCCACUACCUUCAAAUCUAUUCAGAUUUACCUGCUUUACUUGCUUCCCAAUCCAGCGUCAACAAAACCCUAAAUCUCAAGAUCAUUUGUCCACGUAUGUUUUUCCCGUUAAAAUUGCAAUCUUUGUUGUGUUGUUAUAUGUGCAUAACGACAUACAAAACCUUCCUCGUACUUUUCUAUUGUGUCUCCAUCCACUGUAUGUAUAUUUGUUACUUGAGAUUCUCUUAACGCUCCUUAGAAUUCUAAUGACUAUCAUUCUUGGUUGUGACCUAGAGCCACAUUUUCACGAACCAUACUUAGCCACAUCUCUUCAAGACUUUUGGGGUCGCAGGUGGAACCUCAUAGUCUCGGCAAGUCUUCGGGCAAUCGUCUACACUCCUGUGCGGCGUGUCUGCCAACGAGUAAUGAGCUCUGAUUAUGCAAUGUUGAUUGGUGUUUUUGCGACGUUUGUAACCUCUGGUGUGGCUCAUGAAGUGGUUUUCUUUUAUAUAACCCGUGCGAUGCCUACAGGGGAAGUCGCUUUAUUCUUUCUCUUACAUGGAGUUUGCACGGUGGCGGAAGUGGCAGCGAAGAGGACGGCGUUUGUACGGAGGUGGCCGGUGAGACCAGUCGUAUCUUGGAUGUUCACGAUAGCGUUUGUAAAUGUGACCGCUGGUUGGCUGUUUUUUCCUCAGUUGAUUCGGAACAACCUGGGGGAGAGAUGCUCCAAUGAAAUCUCCUUGCUCAUUGAUUUCUUCAGAAGCAAGUUAUUUUAUUUUCCCCAGUGAAUUACAUUUCUAAAUGGAUUCCGUAGGGUUAUUGUUAACAAUCACAUUAUUUAAUGAUAUACUUACAAAAAAU